GGCUUUGGCCGCGGCCUAGUGAAGCCGCGGCGUUGGAGGAGGGCCUGUAGCUCCAACAGCAGCAGGGAGGAGGAGCCGGAGCCGGCACAACGGUGCCGCUUGCUGCAGGGUGCGGGAUACCGCCACAUCGCCCCGGCGCUGCGGGAGCAGCCCUGGCAGAGCUGCACGGCGAGCGACCCCUUUCCUGGCGUCCCGCCAUUCCCCAGGGAAGUCCUCUGCCCCUCUGCAUCGCCAUCGGUGCGGCUGGAGGCGGCAGGAGAGGUUUGCAACAAUGGUAAAGGAGGAUACUGUAAAAGACAAUGAAGAUUUUGAGCCAUCAGUAUGUGAGAGAAAUGGCAUGAUUCCCUUGCAUAAGCAAAGUGAGGAGGGACCAGCAGUAGAUGCCAAAGGUACUGGUGGGAAUAUACAAACAGAAGAAACUGCUCUCUUGAAUCACUGUGGUCAGCAACCUCUGGAACCAAAGUCAGGGUCUUCAAUACCUGCAAGAACAUGGAGCCAAAUAUUUACAUGUCCUCCUCAAGGUUUACUGUCCCGAACAGUGACAAAUGUUGCAGUCGUGGUCCUGGUUUGGGCUGUGGUUUGGUCCAUCACUGGGGCCGAGUGUCUCCCAGGUGGAAAUCUGUUUGGAAUUCUGUUUCUUUAUUUUUUUGCUGUCAUCGGAGGGAAAAUUUUUGGAUUCAUCAAAAUACGAACUCUACCCCCUCUCCCUGCUCUUCUGGGGAUGCUACUUUCUGGUUUCCUGAUCCGAAAUGUAUGGUUCAUUAGUGACAUUGUCCAGAUAAAUCUGCACUGGUCGGCAGCACUGAGAAAUAUUGCUCUUUCAAUUAUCUUGACCCGAGCAGGACUUGGCCUAGAUCCAAAGGCUCUUAAGAAGCUCAAAGCAGUCUGUUUACGGCUUUCCUUUGGACCAUGCAUCUCAGAAACAUGCACAGCUGCUGUUUUUGCCUACUUGCUCAUGCAUUUGCCAUGGCAGUGGGGAUUUAUUUUAGGUUUUGUUCUAGGUGCAGUCUCCCCUGCUGUGGUGGUUCCCUCAAUGCUGAUUUUACAAGCUGGGGGAUAUGGGGUGGAGAAAGGUGUCCCAACUUUGCUAAUGGCAGCCGGCAGCAUUGAUGACAUUCUGGCUAUCACAGGCUUCAACACCUGCCUUGGAAUAGCUUUCUCUUCUGGUUCUACUCUGUACAAUGUUCUCCGUGGGGUACUGGAGGUUGCUGUUGGCAUAGCAGCUGGGGGGAUUCUGGGAAUGUUUAUUCGAUACUUCCCAAGCCACGAUCAGGUGUCUCUGGCAUGGAAGAGAUCAUAUUUUGUACUUGGGCUGUCCAUGUUUGCUGUUUUUGGCAGCAUCUACUUUGGCUUCCCUGGAUCAGGAGGGCUCUGCACAUUAGUCUUAGCUUUUGUUGCAGGUGUUGGAUGGUCUGAGGAAAAGAAAGAAGUAGAAAAAAUUGUUGCUGUUGCAUGGAAUAUCUUUCAACCUUUUCUUUUUGGUUUAAUUGGUGCAGAAGUAUCUGUUACAUCUCUUAGGCCUGAAACUGUUGGACUCUGUGUUGCUACAUUGGGCAUUGCCCUCCUUGUGCGAAUCAUAGCAACGUUCCUGAUGGUGUGUUUUGGUGGGUUUAAUUUCAAGGAGAAAAUAUUUAUCUCAUUGGCAUGGAUUCCCAAGGCCACUGUCCAGGCUGCAAUAGGCUCUCUUGCCUUGGAUACAGCAAGAAGUCAUCAGGAUGAGCAACUGGAAAAGUAUGGAUUGGAUGUACUGACAGUAGCUUUCUUGGCUAUCUUAAUCACUGCUCCAGUUGGAGCUCUGGUUAUUGGUUUGGCAGGGCCCAGACUUUUGCAGAAGGCUCAGACAAAUAGCAAGGAGGAUGAGGAAGGUGCUGCGGUUGGAGAAGAAACAGAGGCCUGUGAGCCUUCGUAAGAUGGACAUCUACAGGAAUAUGGCCCUUCAGCCCUUAUGCUUCUGUUGAGUAAACACAGAUGUCUGUAACCUUUCUGGAGGAAACCAAACCAAGUAUCAGUUAUGUCUGCUAUUUUGAAAGCAGCCGUGGCAGAGUUUUAUGAAAUAUUUUUAUGUGUUGAUAGUGCCUUAAGAGAUAAAACAGCUGAACAUACAGUGAAUGGGCUGGCCAGGCAGUGAGUCACUGAGAAAUUAGCAGUGAACAGUUACUUGAAAUAUGUGGGUGUGAGGUCAGGAUCAGAAUUGUUCAGGCACAGAGUUGGAGUUACGAGGUGGAAUAUAAACAGGAGAGAUUGGAGAUUAAUGUGAAUAACUUCUUGAUGGUUGAAACUAGGCCGUGAGAUACCAAGUUCAACUGCUCAAAGAAUGCAACUCUCUGAAUGAGAGACUGCUGGCAUACAGUGAAUGAAUCCUGCCAUGGGUUGGUGAUUCUCUCUCCUUCCUCAUUCAGGUUCCAGAACGUGCCUUCUCAUAUUGCUGUUCUUCUUCAGCUCAUGUACUCCUUUGUGCCUUGAAAGGACUGUCAGCUCUGGUCAUAGCAAGAAACAG